AUGACCACAGAACUUCAGGCUACUCGCAAAAAGCGGACCAUUGCAGAGGCUAACCCUACUUCUGACGGAGACCAUCGCAAGCGUCGACGCAAUCGUACAACUCAGUCAUGUCUUAAUUGCCACACAUCCAAGAGAAUGGUACCGUCCUUGUGGCCGCUGCACACAGCUAGGUCUGGUGAGACCGGCCUUUGUGUCUACGAAGUGGAUGAUCCUUCCCAACGAACCGACAUUCAAGACGAGGGCUCGCAUCUUCGUCAACGAGUUGCCGAGCUCGAGGGAGUGAUACGUGAGCUGAAGAACAAGCCCCACCCUCGCUGGGUCCAAGCGGGUUCCACCCCAGAAGUAGAAUUUGAGAAGUGGCAUGCCCGUUCUCAGUCUCGUUCGGCUGCCGAGCAACGACAGACCGAGCAACAACAGACCGAACAACAAACCGAGCCAGAAAGCACCUCUCCAUCUCGCACAGCUUGUUCGGCAUUAGGCCCUAGGGAUGAGUCAUGUCCGCCCCCUCAACUUGUAUCCCCUUUACGCGCACGUUCUGCCUUGACUUUUCCCCAACCACCUGCCGACUUGACAAACACAUCAUCAUUCUCUCCUUACUUCAGUAACAUAUCAACUCCCUUGAGCACACCCUCUCCUUCUAUAAUGACACCAACCGAUGAGUACACGCAAAGUCGAGCUCUUGUUGUGGGAGAGCAACCGCUGGCCGGAGAAUUCGAAUUUGCCUCUAUGUUCAUGUCGUAUCCGGGUUUCAUUGGAUAUGAAAAUAACCUGGAACAUAACGUUACUGCCGAUAAUCUUGACGAUACCUGCAGGUCUAAUCACUGCUACGACAGUUCUCCACACGAUCAUUGUAGCUGUCUGACUGAAGGAUCGAGCUACAAUGUAGUGCUCGAGCUUUCUCUUCGCUUGCGAAAAGCCGCGCACAUACUGAGCCGGUCGGCUUAUCACCAUCUUGGAUCUAAUAAUUGUACCCUUAACCAGCGAAUUGUGGAGCUUGAUGCUCUUGCUACGAUGACACUAGGCAAUAUCACUACACCACCUACCGAUGUCGACCAAAUAUGUCCUCAACAACCUCCGUUCUCUCGUAAAUUCAUUCCACCAUCAUCUACUUUUGAUACAGCAUCGGGGCGCACCAUGCCUGCUCCGACAGUCUCUCCACAGACUCUGCAGGGAAUUCGCUCCUGGGACAUUAUGUCAUCCGUGUCGGAUCCAUCACCUAUCUGUGAAGACUCCUUUAUGUUAUGGGACCAUUCACGACAUGGCUGA